AUGAACGAUUAUGUGGAGAAAAACAUGACCCUCAACAACAAGAUACUGGAUUACAACCUCUGGAUUGUAUACUGCGAAUUAUUCGAAAACUGGGAACCUGAACAUUUCAAACAAAUUUCCCCUUCGAGACGAUCAGCAUUACGGGCGAAUCUCCUUCAGUAUGGAGUAUUCGUCCCCCGCCCUGAUCGUAAAACGCCAAUAUACACUCUACUAUCUAUAGUAGCUCGGCAAGAAGAGUUUCACGAAUGGACAGAUAGAGAUAUUGAAGACUUUUUUGAAGAAUUUUCCCUCCCAAUGGUCACUUCGAAGCUCAGAAAACGCCUCAAUUUGACCUACGAUGGAUUAAAACAACCUUCCCAAGAUUACAAUUUAUCUCGAGGAGACUAUCCGAUCACACCAAAAAUCAAUGCCUCUGCCCCCAGAAGCAAUUAUUCUGACCCAGAAAACGACAAAUCCUUGCCAAAGAACACCCUGGGCGUUCCUAAUCAGUUUUCCCCAGAAAAUAGCCCGUUCAUUUUCGAAACCAAACAGCCAAAGUUCGACUUUUCAAAAGAGAUUAAUUCUAUCUCAAAGAUCUACACUGAGAAACAGAAAUACAGUGGAACGGACAACAGCAGCUUCGACUGGAAACUCAAUAUCUUCUACACCAUCUGUAAAAGAGUUGGGAUAACACCGGACGGUUACAACGCAGCAUUUCCAACGAUGCUCACCGGAAUCGCUGAAGAUCAUUACUAUAGCAGUGAUUUACCUUCGCGAACAUUCCAAGAAGCGUGUAACCACCUACGCCAAUUCUUCGAAGGUCCCGAAUUCUACCGCCAAAACUUGAUCAAAUAG